AUGUAUUGUGCGACGGACGACGAGAUAUACACACGAUAUCCGCACAUUCAAAUAUAUAUAUACGUAGUAUUUAUUUGCACAGACCGCCGGCGCGGCACACGCGAACUCUCCCGCGCGCCGUCAGUGUUGUCUGCGGCGUCUUUGGCGUACGUCCAUACCACGGUGACCCCACGACGCUCGCAGAACACAGCCCCCGCGAAACUCGCGACCAGACUGCUGUCGUCGUCGUCCUCAUCGUUUUUUCAGUGGUAGUCGCGCCUCGCGCACCCGUCCGCAGUCUUCACAGUUAACGUCGACGACAGUACUUGUGCAUGCGCGCACGUUGCCGCCACGAUCUCGUCGCACGUGCUUUUUUCUCUCCGAUCAACCCGCAGAAACGGUGAUAAAAAUAAAAAAAAACAAUAAUACUCGUAAUAUUUUAUAGUCGUUUUACAGUUCCAGAACCAGAUCACCGCCAAGAUGUUGUACCAAGAAGUGAAUUCCGGAGAAGUAAUGGAUUUAGACGAGAUCUUAAGCAAUUUUGGAUUGGGUUCAUAUCAAGUGACCGUCUGUGCUCUGAUGGGACUCGUGCUCAUGUACUCAAACAUAUCACCGCUUAGUUACGCUAUUACAGCUAGUGACCUUAACUACAGAUGCGAAAUUCCCCAGUGUGAUGACAUAGAAAAUCCUGAAUACAAACCAACCUGGUUAGAAAGAGUGGUGCCUUUCAACGAAAAGACCAUAGAGCCGUACAAAUGUCUAAAGUUACAUUACCAGCCUAUAAUAAACGGAACUGUCACCUCGACCAAUGGCACUUGUAAUUACGAUGCAUUUGAUCGAAAUUCCAAAGAAAAGUGCAACAAAUGGAUAUUUUUGGAAACGGAAAGAACGAUAGUGAACGAUUUUGGAAUUAUGUGCGAAGAAAAUAAAUGGAAACUCAGCAUGGUGGGAACCAUCAACAGCAUUGGUCAAUUUGUCGGAAUUCCUUUAGCAGGAUUUAUUUCGGAUAAGUAUGGACGCAAGUUUAUCUUAAUUAUAGGAUCAGUUUUAUCAGCCAUACUUGGAACACUCCGAUCCUUCUCUACCAAUUACUAUACAUUCCUCCUUUUCGAACUUUUGGAUUCUAUUGCUUCUAGCGGAGUGUAUGCAGCCACAUUUGUAUUAGGUCUAGAACUAGUCAGUCCAAAAUCGCGGGUUACCGUCAGCACUUUGAUGGGCUGUUUCUAUCCCAUGGGUGCGGUUAUCAUGGGCUUUGCAGCUUACAUGAUUCUCGAUUGGCGGAUAAUGCUUAGGGUACUUUACUUACCCGGAUUACUUAUAUUAGGAUAUGCUUGGUACGUACCAGAGUCUAUGCGAUGGCUUCAAACACAAAACCGAAUCGAAGAAAUGGCUAACGUACUGUCUAAAGUUGCAAAAUCCAAUGGCAAAAUACUACCAGCUAGCGUUAAAGAAGCACUGAUCGCCAACAGUAUAGCCAAUUCCAACGCAACAAACUCGCCAAAAGAAAACCAAUUGUCUUGUAGUAAAUUAAUGAGUAAAAUCUUUAGUUCAAAGGAGAUUUUCCUAAGACUGAUCAACUGUUCGUUUUGCUGGAUGACGAUUACUUUAGUUUAUUACGGUCUCUCAUUAACUUCUGUGGAGUUCUCCGGUAACAAAUACGUGAACUUUAUGCUUGUAAACAUUGUAGAAGUACCAGCGUUUUUGACAUCAUGGUACUUCAUGGAACACUUUUCCAGACGAAAUACCCAAGCGUUUUCAUUUCUCUUCAGUGGGAUCGGGUGUAUUAUGGUCAACUUAGUUGCUAAGGAUUAUGCGUGGUUCAAACUGAUAUUGUUCUUGAGCAGUAAAUACGCCAUCACCAUGGCAUUUAAUACUAUGUACGUGUUCACCGCAGAGAUGUUCCCCACCGAACUGCGAAUGUCACUAUUUGGCAUAGCUUCUAUGUUUGGUCGAAUGGGAUCUAUGUUCGCUCCACAGAUGACUCUAUUGAGUGCCUAUUUUGGACAUUACGUGCCGAUCUUAUUGUUUGGAAUCAUAUCUUUUAUGGCGGGAGCAUUAGCUUUCUUGUUUCCUGAAACAAAAGAUCAAAAAUUACCCGAUACGGUAAAACAAGCUGAAUUCGUUGGAGAAGUCUAAAUGGUUCGUAAGUUCAUCAAGAAUACACAUCUUGCAGUCGUGCCUUAUGAAAUGUGUACAUUAGUUUUAUUUUUAUUGAUGAUUCCACGUGUCUCAUAACGUAUUCAUUUAU